AUGGGUGAAGGUGAUUGUGGAAACGGAAAAGUAAUAAUAGUCCGCGAGUUUAACUGCGGUGACAGUUUAGAGGUCCAGCGCAUCUUUCGGGAGGGUAUGAUGGAGAUGAUCCCGGACACGGCUUUUCGCGGACUGUGCCAUCACCCCGAGAGCCAGCUUCUCUAUGGUCUUCUGUGUUUCUUGUGUUUCCUGACUACAAGAUCGCUUAUGAUAACCUGUUGUAUGCCGGCCUUGAUAUUAUGUGCGCGCUAUUACUGCAGCAAGAGAGUGGUGCACGAGUGCAUGGAGCACGCGCUCAGUUCCGACAUGGGCGACAUUGACAAACACUAUAUGAAAUCACCAGACACUCGUUUUUGGGUAGCAGUAUUGGGUGAGCAUGUGGUGGGUAUGGUGGCAGCACAUAUUCACCGUGGGGGUGGUAUUGAGUUGUUGCGCAUGUCUGUGGACCAGCGUUAUCGAAGACGUGGCAUCGCCAUGGUACUGGGACGCAGGGUGCUGCAGUUUGCAAGGCAACGUGCUCAUUUCAUGUCCGCUUCCUGUGUUGUUUUGGGCACCACCUCAUAUACCCCUGCUGCUCACCAGCUGUACCGCUCCCUGGGCUUCCGCUGCGUUGGGGUCACUGAAGGAUACAGCAUGACUGGUACGGGCAGGUCUCUCCUGCAGAGGGCAUUCUACAGAGUGCGUCAUCAUCACUAUCAGCUGGACAUCAACACCAAUUAG